AUGCAGGUCCGAAAGUCCGUUAUCAUCUCUGUCAUAGCAGUCUGUGCGCUUCUUGCGCUAGUAAUCGGAAUAGUUAUUUGGAAAAAGGGGACUCAUGAGGAGGCUGUUACCACUAGUAGCAACAGUACGCUUGUUCCGCUUAUACUGCUGCCCAAUAAUACGUUUGGUGCCAAGUGCUUGGAUGGAAGCCCGCCAGGGUACUAUUUUCGCCCCGGCACAGGUUCAGGGCGCCAGAACUGGCACAUAUACCUGCCGUCAGGGGGGUGGUGUGUCACUGUCGCUGCAUGCGCGCAGCGGGCGCAUACACGGCUUGGGACGACAAGAGGAUACCCUAAGCAACUCAAUGACUCUAUAACGUUUGGUGGUGUGCUGAGCUCCAACGAAAGAGUCAACCCCCUCUUCCACAACUGGAACCUUGUGAGGUUGCUCUACUGUGAUGGGGGCGGCUAUGCCGGCACGCGAGGGCGGAUCAACCUCACCGACCUCUUCUCUGGUCCAAACACCGCUGGCACUCUGCCGAAAUCAGUGAGGGUCGCCCCGGCAACGAAUGUGAGCUUGGAGGCGGAUGGGUCAACGGAGUCAACCAAGUCAAUGGGGUCACCGGAGUCAACCAAGUCGAUGGGGUCAACGGAGUCAACCAAGUCAAUGGGGUCAACGGAGUCAAACAAGUCAACGGGGUCAAACCUGACGCUGAGACAUCAUUCAGCCAUCUACCUGGAUGGAUGGAACAUCAUUCAGGCUGUGCUGCAAGACCUCCAGUUACAGCGUGGCUUUGACUCCUCCACCUUGGAGAUUUUGCUUUCGGGCAGCUCGGCUGGUGGGCAGGCCACAGCAAACCUCUGUGAUUGGCUGGCCUCUUUGUUUCCGUCCGCAUUCACCCGGUGCCUUGUGGACGCUGGCUUCUUCCUAGACGCAAGGGAUCGCUUUUCAAGGCGCACCUUUCGUGCAUUGGCGCAGAAUCUGACAUCUCUGCAUCGUCCGGUCAACCCUACCUGCUCCUAUGCUGCCGGGCGAUCGGAGCAAUGGAAGUGCUUCUUCCUACAGCACACCCUUUUCAACAUUUCCACCCCAAUCUUCCUCUUCCAAGCCAUGAUUGAAUCAUAUCACAAGUAUCGUGAGAGCCGGAACGUGGGUUGCAUUGAGGUGGGGCUCUAA